AGAGAAGAGAAGAGAAAGGAAAAAAAAAAAGAGCUUGAUGGAGGCUGCUUGAUUCUUCAAGUUUAGGCUUGAUUUGCAAGUGAAAUUGGUGAUCAAAAAUACUUUUCAAGCUUUAAUCUCAUUCUAGAAGCCUUUGAUGAUCGAUUUGUUUGCUAUGAGCCAGCGUUCCCCCUGAAAAUGGCCUUUGAAAAAGAAAGAAAACACUGCGGACAACAUGUGAUAGAUGUGCUAAUGCUGGCCAAUUUCCAUUCAUUGGUUACACAUUGGAAGAAAGUCAAAAGCUUGAUUCACUAAUUCAGAUCGUAACCGCCAGAAAAAUAAAAUGACGGAAAUACCCCUGACAAUGCUUCUACGAAACAACAGUGAAGAAGCAAUUGCACCCUCUCAAGGGAAUCAAAACCGACCACUGAUCCAACUCUGUUCUGACGCUGUCAUCUGCCAGGAGACCAUUCCCAUCGCCCUCUUUCCUAGAAAAUCCUCUCCUUUCCUUGUAUAUAUACACACCAAGUCCUCAGAACAAAUACACAGGACAGGAGGAAAGGAAACAAAAAGAAAGUCAAGAAAACAGAUAUAAUACACAUAUAAUACAAUGGCAGGAGGUUUUGAAGACUUGUUGCCGGUGAUAGCAAAGCGGCUUGGAGGAGAGGGCUUGACAGAGGAGCUGUGUAAUGGGUUUAAGAUGUUAAUGGAUAAAGAGAAGGGAGUUAUUACAGUAGAGAGUUUGAGAAGGAACUCUUGCAGUGUUCUUGGUAUAAAGGAUUUGGAAGAAGAUGAGAUUGUUAGUAUGGUUAAAGAAGGCGAUCUUGAUGGUGAUGGUGUGCUUAGUGAGAUGGAGUUUUGUGUUCUGAUGUUCAGAUUAAGUCCUGAUUUGAUGCAAGAAUCUAGGGCGUGGCUUCAAUAUGCACUUGAAGAGGAGCUUAAUAGCUGGGGUCUUUGAUCAUCUGUUUGCCUAUGGAUACGACGGCGUUAUCGCCAGAGAAACAGAGAAACUUAUUGCUGUUCUUUUUUCCUUUUUUUUUUCUCUUUCCUUCUUCACAUAUGUUUUCUUUUUGUUCUUUCUAAUUGAUGUCGAAGAGAAAGAAAAUUACAUGGAAAAAUGAAAGGGAAUUGGCUGUUUAAUAUAUAUUUCAUUAUACAUUUA